GCGGAAUUUCGGAGGUCACAGUCACAGUACCCUACUCCCAAAAAAGGACAUUCGCUGUGUGGUGGAUUCUCCGUGCAUUAACCCUUCAUCCUGUUUGUGAUAUUAGGUUGUGCUUGAUUUUGAAGGGGCUCGUGCAAACAGUUAUCGGAACAUACCCGUUGUACUGUGGAAUGUCCGAAUUGUUGCUAAAUUUAUCAUAGAGUCUUCGUGAUGAAGCCACAUUAUUGGAUGAUGGAGGCCUUAGUUGCAUGUUAUGGGCCGGCACUUGCAUGUACACGCAAACGAGCGGGCCUGGUGAGCCGAUUCCGUAACAAGGAUGCGUCGCUCUCACCAACAACAAUUGCAUCAUAUAUACGAAAGUUGAUUCGCCAGCCAUCCUUUCAUCAUACGUAUGCACCUGUACCACCUGUGUGACACUUUCGGGCUCCUAGGAAUAGCAUUAGUAUUGAUGUGGCAGUGAAUGCAUAUAUUCUACAUUCCAGAGCUCCACGCGUGAAAGGCAUAAUGAUGCAAAAUUUGGAACAAUCGUCGAUGUCCUCUGUGAUCUCCAAUGACCGCUUUGUUUUUAACCUUCCAAAAAUUUUUAACCUUCCAAAAAGAUGGAUGGAGAAGAACAGAAACGAACUCACCGAAAGAAGGUACCGGAGGAAUUGGAUCUCGAAAAGAGCGCGGGUUAUGUGUUUUCAAAUAACGACUCUCCGGGUACGACGACGAGCUCACAACCUUUGAUCGACCAUGAUAAACUGGAGUCACCGCCGUUCACUCCUGAUAGUCCACAUAGUGGCUGUUACAAACUCGAGCGAUAUUAUGGUCGAACGCUGGCCGGAAUUCUGGUGCCGCUUGCAGUAACUGGCUUUUGGGUUGCCAUUUCACUAGACCUGUUGCAAGAGCGUGAUAUUGUCGCAUAUGGGAGCGAGCACGAGAUCCUGAUUUACUAUGCGUGGUUCACACUUGCUGUGUUUGGGCUCUGCCUUAGCCAAUAUGGGUUGGCAAUGGCGUGGGGCAUCCGUCUCAGUUACAAUUGCUCCGCUGUGAAGUCGGCAUCGGAGUUUAAAGUCCUCACCCGGAAACCUUCGCUAGAUAGUGUGUAUAGAGGAUUAGCCGCAGUUGGAAAAUCGUCAAGUUUCGAGGGAAAUGGAACUGUUCUUGCAUUGAGCCCCCCACCCCCGGCUCCCAGCAAACAUAUGGGGGCAUGCGCACGAGGAAGGGACUUUAAGGUCGAUUCCACACCGACCCCCGAUAAGCAUUGCAGACCCUAUCGGUGUGCGCUGUGUACUCCGUACUCCGUACAAUGGAUAACAUCCGAUCUUGGCACCGCCACACUGGACGCCCGGACCUCCACAUACACUGACUCUAAGCGAUCUCCCAGUCCCCCUUUUAAGGAGGCGGAAAUAGAGAGCCCUGCUUCCCGCUUUGGUUACACCGCCGCGGAAAUACUCAGUGAGGACACUGAGGUAGGUGCUAGCUACAUCGCGAAAAACCUCACCUCGUCACGACGAGGAAAAGUGCUUGGACGUAGGAGAUUCAAUCCAAGCAUACCUGGCACCCUCUUCGUCAUCUGGUCUUUUAGCAGUGCGAUUCUAGGAGUAACCUAUGGCUUCCGCUGUCGCUGGUCAGAGACACUAGAUGGAUACAGCCUGUUCCACUUUGGUGUUGACCUGGCGCAUGAAGUGCGACAGGGCUCCGAGCUUUCUAGUACUGGUGGAAUCGAGAAAUGCACUAGGCUCUAG